CUUUUAUUGGGGACGUGAAUGAGUCAGAAAGAUGCAGAAACUGCAGCGGUGACGUCGCUGCGCUGAUUUCCUUCAUUUCGCGGAUCAAUCUGUGAAGUUGGUGAUUGUGACAUGCAGCUGCUCACACCGCUGGAUGGUCUCCGCACUGCCUGAAAGCGCCUUUAAACUCUGAUUUUUCCCUGUAGUUUUUCUGGCUCACAAACAUGCUAGCAAAGUUGUCACGUUGUUUCGGCGCGGAGGAGAAACUUCUUCACGGGAAGAGUCGCUGGACUUCAGCGGUGCUCGCUGCGCUCCUCCUGGGUUUGUUUGCCUCGUCUUGCUGGGCGGAAGAAACGUCCUGCCACGGAGCGUACGACCUCUACUUUGUUUUAGACAAGUCUGGAAGCGUCGCUAGUGACUGGUUUGAGAUCUAUUCCUUUGUGAAGAAUCUCACGGACCGGUUUGUGAGUCCGAGAAUGAGAGUCUCCUUCAUCGUUUUCUCAAUCCAGGCCAAAGUCCUGCUGCCUGUGACCGGAGACAGAUACAAGAUUGAAGAAGGUCUGCGACUUCUGCAUGAUGUGAGACCAGCAGGUGAAACGUACAUGCACGAGGGACUCAAAAAGGCCUCAGAACAGAUACAGCAGCAGUCGGUCAAGUCCUCGAGCAUCAUCCUGGCUCUGACAGACGGGAAGCUCGAAGUUUAUGUUCACGAGCUGACCGUAAAGCAGGCUGAGGAAGCGAGGAAAUACGGUGCUCGUGUUUACUGUGUGGGUAUCAAGGACUUUGAUGAGCAGCAGCUUGCUGAAAUUGCGGACACCAGAGACCAUGUGUUUCCUGUCAAAGAUGGCUUCCACGCUCUCAAAGGCAUCGUCAAUUCUAUAUUGAAGAAAUCGUGCACAGAGAUCAUGAGUGUGGAGCCCUCCAGUGUCUGUGUUAAUCAGUCCUUUGAUAUUGUCCUCAGAGGGAGCGGAUUCACCUUUGGACGCAGCACUGAAGGCAUCAUCUGCAGCUUCAUAGUUAACCAGCAAACCUUCAAUCACAAGCCGAGCGCUUUGCGUAGUGAUUAUUUGCUGUGUCCCGCCCCGAAGCUCUAUGAAGUCGGACAGACUAUGGAUGUUCUCAUCAGCCUAAACAAUGGCAAGUCCUUCAUCACAGGUGCCUCCACCAUCACUGCUACCACAUGUUCGGAUGGUUUUGUGCUGGCGAUAGUCUUCCUGGUGCUCUUCAUCCUCGUGGCUCUGGCCCUCAUGUGGUGGUUCUGGCCUCUCUGCUGCAAAGUGGUCAUCAAAGACCCGCCGCCGCCUCCUCCACCAUCUCGUCCUCCACCACCUGAGCCUGAGCCGCUGCCCAAGAAGAAGUGGCCAACUGUGGAUGCUUCAUAUUAUGGAGGAAGAGGAGCUGGAGGGAUCAAACGCAUGGAGGUGCGCUGGGGAGACAAAGGCUCUACUGAGGAGGGGGCCCGGCUGGAGAAAGCAAAGAAUGCCAAAGUGUCCAUCCCAGAGGAUGUAGAGGAGCCAAUGAUCAAACGUCCCACUCCAAAGCCCGCUGCCCACCGGCCGUCCCAGAACAAAUGGUACACUCCUAUCAAGGGUCGUCUCGAUGCUUUGUGGGCUUUGUUGCGGCGGCAGUAUGACCGGGUGUCUCUCAUGCGACCCACCUCAGGGGACCAGGGCCGGUGUAUUAAUUUCAGCCGUGUGCAGCAGCAGUAAACGGAGGCCGACUGCAGGAGAAGAAGAGCUGCUGUCUGCUGAUCGCUGUGGAUGAGAGAAGAACUCGGGUCGUUCUCAGAGACGUAAUCCUGCAGCUAAAACCACUAUCUGUCCACUCUGUGCUCACAGUUUCCCCUCUGGCUCUUCUGCCCUUCAUUUUCAUUCAUUAAGUUAUUUGUAAGUUUUCCUUAAACCAAAUCUUUUCAUUAAAACAGCCAAAGCACGAGUGCAGCACGCCCCAGAACUUAGCACUCAGACUCGGUUAGCUUUUCAUGCGCACCAAAGGCUUAACAUAUUCUGACCAUAUUGUAGCUUCUGUGAAAAACCUCAUUUCAUGGACACAGACGGAAGCGAUCUAAAAAAAAAGAAAGAAAGGGGCUGUUUGCCGUUGGCGUGGAAGUGGGAAUAAUCCCAGUGGGCCUCACGAGUGCAGAAGUCCGCUGCCUUUUGGCAAUGUCUCAUCACGACUGCUCUCCAACUUCAGCAGUGCUGGAUGCCUGGCGGCUGCCCUUUGACUGGCUUAUCUUGUCAUUUUAACACUGAGAAGUGCACACGCAUGACAAAUUGUAGACAGGGUGCCCCAAGGUAUUGGAAGGCACCAAGACUUUGCCCUUUAGUUUUUUUUUUUAAUACACCUUCUUUCAUUAUGCGCUCGGGACAAGAAAAUUAAUAGAGCGUUAUUCGACCGCGGGACAGCCUCCUGACCAGGCUGAUCUCCAGCUAGGUUUGAGGGAUUGAUGCCUUUAAGACCUUGACAUGGUGCUUGGUGUUUUUUGCCCCUGUUUUCAGUUCAGUCUGCUCCCUGCUCAGUAAGGCGUAGCACAUCACAAACCAUAAACAGUCCUAUCAGUCCACACUUUUAAGAUAUAGAUACGGCCGCCUCGACACUCCUCCGCUCUCGUCUCAGUUCUCCAAGGGCUCCCGAGCGGCGUCACAUCUCACUAGUUCUCUCAGCACCGGAAUAUCAAAGUUUAAUUAAAAUAAUUAAAGGCAACAGCAAGCAGCAGCCUGUGAAGACUCGGCUGUCUGUUUUUUAUGCCUUUUGACAUUGAAUGACCUAUUACGGCGUUAUUCACAGCAAAAAAGAGGACACCGUCCACGGUGACGCUGCACCGCGUCCAAAACGCAAACCCAAAGCAGCGGAUGCGAUGGACGGAUAAGUAUUGUUCAUUUCCAGAAAUUAUUUCUCCCCCCUCCCUCCCUCCCUCCACCCCAACCCAAAAAGCAAGGGAUAUGUAUUUAUAUAUAUUGUGGAUUUCUCAAGCGCGCUGUCAUGACGCCAAUCCCAAAUGAUGUUAGUGUGAGCGGAAACACUGUGGGGGAGGAAAGGGGGCAGCAGCUGAAGAAAAAGGCUCGAAUGAUCCAGUCACUUUGGAUACCGUACUUCACAUGCAAAAUGGAUAUUCGAGUCGAAACCUGACAAAGCAUGCCGGCUUUGACGGGAAGCGGUAUAGACAAUGACCAGUGGCUGGGUCAGUGGGAUGUCUCUGUGCAAGCAGGGAAGCUUAUCAAAUGACACUAAAAAUAAGUUCAACAACCAUCAAGUUUGAGGGGGAAUGGGCGAGCGUCUCACAGUCGGCGGGCACAAGGGUGCGCGAGGCGGGCGGCGAGCAGCACGCCGGCCUAAUUAUUCCUUUGUUUCCUCCCCGUCCCGAUCGGACGGACAUAAAUAAUUCCAAAUCAAAUCCUCGGGGUGCGCUGGUAUUUAUGUUCGACUUAAACGCUUUUAGCCUCUUGCAUAAUUUUGCAGGCUGACAUUUAAUAGGCUCAUCAGGCUGUGGACGUGCAGGGGACGAAGACAUUUCAGCACUUAGAUCUCGUCUUCUUCAUGUUCCAACCAGGAGCGCAGGAAUAUUAUCCUCCAAACUAAUGAGAUAUUUACAUAGCAGUCACAACACGGCUCAUCCUGCUUACAGCACGUCACCGCUGCAUCCUCGCCGCGCAUCACACACUCCAGUAUGUUAGCAGCCAUUGUUGUACAUUUACAGAUGAAUCAGCUGGCUCCGCUCUGUAAAUCUUUAUGAAUCAAAGUAUUUUUACUUAUUUUUGUCCACUUUUACCAAGUUCUGGCUUCAGUUUGAUAUGCAUGCACAACUUUCUGUAUCGCCUCAUUUCAUGUGCACAAUUGUAAUUUAUCUUUUUAAUAAUAUCUUUACGUUUGUGUCUUUUUAUAUUCACGUAGCACCUUAAAGACCAGGUUCGGCUCACACCGGCUGUACGUGUGCGAGCCGCAACCCAAAAUACCAAAAAACAUUUUUUUUUUCAAAGCUUUCUGAGUUUUGCACUGUUUUUGUUUCUAAUCAAAUCAUUUCUGUGUUACACUGUGUCAAAUAUACAUUCAACAACAAAAA